AUGUCACCGGCACACCCAAGCUCACGGCUAGGUUCAAGCAUGUCAACUAUCAAGCGCACACAAAACGUCGCCGCGAAGGCCGCUGCCCAACGGCUAGCUCAGGUGAUGGCGUCUUCGCAGACGGCAGAUGACGACGAUGAUGACGAUGAUCUUGGGUUCCGAUUCCCUGCUCCACCGGCUCCGGUUUCUGCUUCCUCGGGGUUUAGUAGUGUUAAUCAUAGAGGGAGUAGUAAUGGUGUUUCGGUUACUAGACCUAAUAGAUCUCCUUCUCCUGCGUUAGGUCGGAACUUUAUGGAGAAUGUGCCUUCAGUUCGGUCUACAUCGGCUGGAAGGCCAUCUAUGUCAGUUCGUUCUGCGACAGGAGUGCCUCCUAGCAAACAAUCAAUAAGAACUCCCAUUUCCAUACCUCCUAUCGAUACUCCAUCCAGUAGGAGUGCAGCUAAUAAGAGGUUUACAUCAGACAUUGGACAAAUUAAGACUGAUGCAGGAGAUCAGCGUGAAGCUUCAGCACUUCGGGAUGAACUUGAUAUGCUACAAGAAGAAAAUGAAGUUAUACUUGACAAGCUUCGAAGUGCUGAAGAAAAACGUGAGGAGGCAGAGGCUAGAGCUAGGGAGCUUGAGAAACAGGUUGCUGCUCUUGGAGAGGGUGUAUCCCUAGAAGCUAAACUGUUGAGCCGGAAGGAAGCAGCAUUGCGUCAAAGAGAGGCUGCUCUUAAAGCUGCAAAACAAUCAACAGGGAGAGAUGCAGAAAUUGCAAUCCUUCGUACAGAACUUGAGAACUUGAAAGAUGACGCCACAACAGCUGUGGAACAGCUCCGAGAAGCUGAAUCUGAGACAAAAUCUCUUCGGAUGAUGACACAAAGAAUGGUUUUGACUCAGGAAGAGAUGGAGGAGGUUGUCCUGAAGAGAUGUUGGCUUGCACGCUACUGGGGUUUAGCUGUACAGCAUGAUAUAGCAGUGUCCAAGUACGAGCAUUGGUCUGCUCUAGCUCCUCUUCCGUUUGAAGUUGUCAUCUCUGCUGGACAAAAGGCUAAGGAGGAUUAUUGUGGUGGCGAUCCAGAUAGGAGUAAACUAGUUCGUGAUUUGAGUGAUCUUACUGGAGAAGGAAAUAUUGAGAGUAUGCUUUCAGUUGAAAUGGGAUUGCGGGAAUUAGCUUCUUUAAAGGUUGAGGAUGCAGUUGUACUUGCUCUGGCUCAACACAGACGAGCAAGUAUAGUUCGACAAUCCGUCCCAGAUUCAAGGCCACCAAGUGAUGCCAAGUAUACUGAGGCCAUUGAAUUAAGUGAAGCAGAGGCAGAAGAUGUUCUUUUCAAAGCGGCUUGGCUAACUUAUUAUUGGAGAAGAGCCUUAGUACAUGGUGUGGAAGAGGAUAUUGCAGAAGACCGGCUUCAGUUUUGGAUUAGUCGUAGUGGGCAGUCACCAACUUCUCAUGAUGCUGUGGAUGUUCAGCGAGGUGUAUUGGAGCUGAGGAAGUUGAGCAUAGAGCAACAACUAUGGGAAGCAUCUCGGAGAGAAAUUGAUCAGUCUUCUUUUGCCCCAGUUGCUAACCAUAAACGCACGGAUUCAGAGCUGUCUUCAUAA